CGUGGGCUUGAAGCAGCAGCUGCUUGUUUCGUUUUUGUUUGUCUUUCUCUCGUCUCGUGGUGCGCUCGCGUCCCCCGACUAUUGGCGAAAACUUCAAAAUUCCAUUUUUGUCCUUCUUCCUCGCCCUCUCUCUCUCUCUCUCUCACAGGCACAUAAAGAUUAUAGCCGAUGCUAAUUUAAUGGCAGCUGCAAAACCCUAGCCGCUAUGUACUGUGAAAACGAUAAACAUGGCCAGGACCUGUCAUGAUGGUAAUUUGCUUGGGUUUCAGAGUUUUGAUUGGGAUGGAUCAGUGUUGGAAUCAUAACUGGCUUUCUAUUAGGCAUAUUGAAGUUUGAAUAAAUUUUUCCAGUGCUGUGGAUAGUAUUGGGCAUAUAUUGCUCGCCCUUGUCCAGAAUGGCAGAAGACAGCCUACGGAUUGGUGGGGUUUCUUCUGGUCUGGCCGUGAUAUUGAAUGACGAGGAUAGUAAAGAGAAUUCGUCGAAAACCCAUCUUGUUUCAUACUGUGAUGAUUUUGGCCAUCAAUCAGUGGAGCGGACCUUAGAAUAUGUUCUUGGUCUCCCUAACAAAUCUGUUGGUUUGUUGCCCAGUCCAAUUGAUAACAAUCUAGUUCGCUGCAUUAUACAGAAAGAAUUCUCUAAAUUGCACGCCAAUUCAAGUGCUUUGGUUAGAAACAGAGAUGGAAUUUGUAUUCCUGGGAAUGGCUGUGGUCCCCACAUCAUUGGUCUUGAUGAAUUCAGUAUUCGUGGUGAUAUUAGACCUAUUAAGCCACCUUUGCUUGUAGAGAGCUUAGCAAUGUUCAGCAGUGCCAGAGCUAAUGCUUUUGUGUGGAAAGGUAAAUGGAUGUAUGAAGUUAUUCUAGAAACUUCAGGUAUUCAGCAACUUGGAUGGGCAACUGUUUCUUGCCCUUUUACUGACCAUAAGGGUGUAGGUGAUGCUGAUGAUUCGUAUGCAUUUGAUGGGAGGAGGGUUAGAAAAUGGAACAAGGAUGCUGAGCUAUAUGGUCAAUCGUGGGUUGUUGGUGAUGCUAUUGGCUGCUGCAUAGAUUUGGAUUGUAAUGAAAUAUCAUUCUACAGAAAUGGUGUCUCACUUGGGGCUGCAUUUCAUGGCAUUCGUAAGAUGGGACCAGUAUCUGGAUAUUAUCCUGCAAUCUCUCUUUCUCAGGGUGAACGAUGCGAAUUAAAUUUUGGGGCCCGCCCCUUUAGAUUUCCCAUUGAAGGCUACCUUCCCCUUCAAGAACCUCCAUCCUUAAUUCCAGUUGCUACUCAGUUGCUGUGUUGCUUGUCAAGGCUUUUGGGUAUGCACUCUGUUGAGCAGGCAAAGCAUUCUUCUGUUCAAAAAUUGAGGCGACUGAAGAGGUUUGUUUCACAUGAAGAACUUUUGUAUCCUACUUCUCAUGGGCUAUGCGAGGAAUUUUUCUCUGUACUUGGAGUAGAUGUUUGGAGCAUAGAGUACAUUGCCUGGGGUCCAUUUCUGUCAUUCAUGAUGGAAGUGUUUGGGCAGCAGGUGCCCCAUGAUUAUUCAAGCUUAGAUAGAGUUCUUGAUGUCUUUCUGGAAUUUGAAGGAUCACAUUUGCUGUUUGAACAUUUCAUAAAUGCCCUGGCGUGUGGUUGCAAAAUAGCUCCACUGGUUCUAAAAGAGUGCCCAUGCUCAGGGUCAUACCCAUACCUCGUGUUGGCAUGCCAUAUCUUGAGACGACAAGAGCUUAUGGUGCUUUGGUGGAAAUCGCCUGAUUUUGAAUUCCUUUUUGAAGGGUUCCUGUCACGGAAGAAUCCGAAUAAGCAUGAUCUUGAAUCCAUGAUGCCUUCUGUUUCGUGGCCUGGUUCAUGUGAGGAUGCGUCAUAUGAAAGCACCAUGGUGUUGACAACUAAAGCUUUAUCUGAAGCAGUCAGUAAGGUACAUAUUAAGCUAAAGAGCUUGAUUUUCUUUUAUUGCCAUAAUUUA